CUAGAUUUGACUUAAAAAGAAAUGAUACUGCGAAUUAGUGAGUAUAAUAAAUAGUGCCUUUUUCCAACGGCUACAAUAUCAAAAAUGUCUCCACUCAUCAUCAUUUAAUAAUCACCACUUCACUAAACACAAUCUUCUCACUCGCAUUCAUUAAUGGAUUCUUCUCCUUCUUCCAAUUCUACCCCUUAUCAUCAUCACCACCGUUCAUCCGAACGCCGAACCAAAUCCCGAACCUCUUCCUUAUCCCGCAUUGCUGAAAACACCACCAUCGAACCUCUUCGUAUAUCACUCGACCUCCUUCCCUCACCAACCACCACUAAGCCAACAUCUUCGCCUUCACCGCUAUCUCUUCUCCGAUCUCCGACUAAAUGUCUCCCUCUCAGAGAGCUUCUUCUCCUCUCUCCUCCAUCAUCAAGAAAAUCCAAGCCACGAUUCGACGAUGAGCUUCUGGAUUCACGGCGCCGGUGCAAGACCCGAGGGGCAGCGCUUUCUUCUCCGAGAAACUCCCGCCGGUGGAGGAGGCGUUCCGAGGAAGAGAAGGAGGUUGUGUUUGUUGAUGAGGUGGAAAAACAGAGAAAGACAAGACACAGUGGAAAACACAAGAAGGAUAAACUCACAUUGGUUCCUUUUCAAUCCCCAAAAGGUGAAGAAGAGAAUGGAGGUGAUUUGGAUCGCAUUGGAAUGUUGAUCACUGAAUUAAUUAUGUGGAAAGAUGUAUCAAAAUCUUCCCUUUGGUUUGGUUUUGGAUCUCUUUCCUUCUUGUCUUCUUGCUUCACCAAAGGCCUCAACUUCAGCAUCUUCUCUGCUAUUUCACGAUUGGCAAUUCUCUUUCUGGCUGUUUCAUUUUUCUCAAAUUCUGUUUGUCGAAGAAGCCAAGCUAAGCAAAGGGUUGCCAAGCUGAGAGAAGAUGAUAUUUUACGUCUUGCGAAAUUGAUUCUUCCAAUUUUGAAUUUUGCAACUUCAAAGACUAGAGAGCUGUUCUCUGGAGAACCAUCCAUGACCCUGAAAGUAGCUCCUUUGCUUCUACUAGGCGCGGAGUAUGGACAUCUUAUUACAAUUUGGAGGCUCAGUGCCAUUGGAUUUUUUGUUAGCUUCAGUGUACCAAAGCUUUAUUCUUGCUACUCUACUCAGAUCAAUCGGCGAGCUGAGUGCAUGAAAUCGGGAUUGUUGGACAUGUGGAGCACUUGCGGACACAAGAAGAUUGUGGUUGCAUCUAUACUUAUUACCUUUUGGAAUCUAUCUACUAUAAAGACUCGAAUCUGCACAGCAUUUUUGUUGCUUGUAAUACUCAGAUAUUUUCGACAAAAUGUCAUGCAACAAGUAGAAGAUGGAGAAGCACAAUUGCCAGACAAGGAACAGCGGCCGGCAUUGUUGGCUGCAGAACAAGAGGAAGAGGAACAACAGCAGGCACUAUUAAUGGUUGCAGAACAGGGGCGCCAAUGCUAGAAGUUCAUUCAACCAUUCCUUAACACUUAACACGACUUCUUAUAGUUUGGCGAAAAGAAAAAAAAUGUUUUUUUAGCCUCUUUUUAAUAAUUGCUGAAGGUCUAGAAUCAAAAAAAGUAUUUCUAUUAGUCAUUGUUAGCUUAGCACAAACUGAUUCAAGUUAGUGCAUAAAUAGAUUUAUUCAUUCAUGACGCUUAGCACGUGUAUGUAUUUUGCAGCCAUACAUGGGGCAUUUCAUUGUAAUAACUGGUUUAAAAAUAAAUAAAAAAUGUGUUCAUAUUAA